UCCUCCUUUCUCCUACAGAUGUCGUUCCUUCUCCUUCUUGCCUCGCUUCUAUCUGCUCCUAUACUCCUUGCCCGUAUCCUUUCUCUUAUUUUCUCCCCUCUAUAAACUCUCUUUCCCUGCUCUUCUCUAUCCGUCCCUAACCUCACUCUCUCACCCGUAUCUUUCACCCCCUUUCCACUCUCUCUCUCUCUCUCUCUCUCUCUCUCUCUCUCUCUCUCUCUCCCCUCUCGCCUCCACUCACCUCCACUCCCGCUCACUCUCUUCACACUCUCUCCUCCCCCCUCCUCCAAUUCUGUCCCCUACACUUUCCUUUUCUCUCCUCUUUUCACUCUACUAGAAACCCUCUCCUAUACUUUACGCCGCCGGAAACGGAAGUCCUCUUAUGCGUUAUGUAUUAUGCGUUAUGUAGAAGUCUGUGUUCUGGUCCAAACUCUCUAGAAACGGACUCCUUUGAUACAAAUAAUUUCCCAGCCUCUCAGGAGAUAGCCAAGUUCCUUGCACGUACCAAUCAGAUUAUAUAAUUUUUCACACGUUUUCGUCUUGAAACGAUGACUGGCGUAGGAACGGAAUUGAUCCGUUUGGAGCCAUCUAUUGAACCAUGAACCAUGUUGUUUUUCUAUUUAAUAACUCGGGAAGUCCCUUGUGUACAUAUCGAUUAUUGAAGGUAAUCUUUUUCCUUAAAGAUGUCCAUCGAAAGCAUUAUCGACCGGAAAUGCGAUCCUGUUUCUUCAGCGCUCGUCACAACAAUGGAAUCUGCAGAAAAUACAAAAAACAUCGAGAGUAUAACGAUGAGCUUAAAUGAGAAAUUUGUUAAACUUUGUACCAACUUAAAACAAUUACAAGAUAUUUCCAGAAAGGAAGAUAACUUUUCUACUGAACAGAAAGAUUUUAUACUAAGAGCAGAAGAACUGUUAGAACAGUAUUUUUAUGAAGUAACCAUUUCGCAAGAUCAAAAUGUGAAUGAUGUUGUAGUUCUUGCUGAAUGUUUCAUCAGUAUGUGUUAUAUAAAACUUAUGGAAGAUGAAGAACCGCAACAUGAACAUUUCAUUAUAGCUGAAUGUUUUCUUAGUCAAAGUAUGCUAUUACUAGAGGAUAAAGAACUAGAUAGCAAUGUUAUUCUUGUAGCAAUAAUUACUUUUAAUAUAUUGAGCUACAUCAAUUUUAAAUUAGAAUACCCAGAGAAAUCUGUAAAAUAUUCAUAUAAGGCAUUGGAAUUAUAUAUGUCAUAUACUAAAGGGCAAGAUAAUUUUCCUUCUCCUAUUGAUAUUUUAACUAUUUUGGAUCUCCAAGUUGAAUCAAAUACUGUAUAUCUAUUGGAUAGAAAAUAUAUGGAUACUUUAAGAUCUUUAAUAAUAUUAAAGAAGAAAGAGGAAAAAGUACAAAUAGAUAUAGAGAAAAUUGUAAUGUACAUGCAUAAGUUAUUAAAAAAACAAUUAGGAAAUAUACCAAUAACUAUAAACCAUGUAUCAUGGGCUAUAGAAGCAAUAAGAUUAGCUGAAUACUUUCUAUCUUGCAAUCGCUUCAUUGAAUGUAAAAAUCACCUUGUUAUUGCUUCCAUUACCAUGGAAAGAUAUUAUAAUAAUUAUUACAAAGGAUAUGCAGAAAAAUCCAAUGACAAAGGGAAAUGUCUCUAUACUCGAUAUAAAUCUAUCAUUUCUUUUAUUAAUACAUGCUGGGUGAAAUAUGGUUUAACCCUUUUAUUUUUAUCAAAAAAACAAUUAUUAAUUCAAGAAGGAAAAGACAAUUUUUUAGAGGCUAAUAUUUAUAAAUUAGAAUCCACAACACAGUCCAUCAAACAAUCCACAGGAUCAUUAAUGUUUACAUGUACUGAUGAAGAAUAUCAAGAAUACAUAUAUAUAACAGAAGAUAAUUGUAUUACAAACUAUAACGAUGCUAAACUGCUUUUUGUAAAUAUUCUCCAGUUGCUCAAUAAAAUAAAGGUUGAUAUAUCUAUUUCAGAUAAUAUAUAUGUUUAUACAGAAAUUGCACAAUAUAUUUCUAAAGCAUACAAAUAUCUUGCAUUUUAUGAACAUGAUAAAAUCAACCAAAUAAAACUACAGAAACGACGGAUUGAUGUUUUAGAAGAGUGCUUAAAAACAUUAAAUGUAGAAGAUAAUGAAAUUGCUUGCAGUUUUAUAUGGUUUGAGCUUGCAGUUAUUAAUUCCACUAUUGUAGAUAUAAAGAUAGAACAUUUAAAAGCUAGUAAAUUAUCACCAGAAGAAUUAGUAGAAAUUGACCAAUUAGUAAACAACAGUGUAACCUAUUUCCAACUAUAUAUUAAGCAUUUAGUUGCUGUAGAACAUGCAUUAACAAAGGGACUAGUUGAUCAAAAUUAUCAAUUUCUUUCUAUUUUGAAUUUAACUGCACAAGUUUAAUAAUACUUUAAUAAUAAUUUAUUAUCACAGACUAUCUCAAACAUAA